GGAAAUUGAUACAUCUAUUAAAUUCACAACAGUUUGGGAUAUUUUGACAGCCUAGGAAGUUCAAACACUAUUACAUCGUUUUACAACAUGUCUCUGCCUUUUAUGAAACAUUUAGAGGAAAAUUUCGAUGCUGAGAAGCAACAUGUGUGGUUCGCUCAUAACUGGUGGCUUUCUUGCGCCUUCUCCGUCAUCUACUUCGUCGGUGUCUUCGCCUGUCGGGCAUGGAUGGAGAAUCGGCCAAAGUUUGACCUCCGCGGAGCCCUCACUAUUUGGUCCGGCUGCUUGGCCAUCUUCAGCAUCAUCGGUGCAGUGACCACCAUUGGCGACCUCGUGGAUUACGUAACCCGAACUGGAUGGCAUGGCUCGAUAUGCGAUGCAACCAUCUUCGACGGCCGUAUCGGACUCUGGACAUGGCUCUUCAUAAUGAGCAAAGCCCCUGAACUUGGUGAUACUGUUUUCAUCGUACUUAGGAAACAAAAGUUGAUUUUCCUUCAUUGGUAUCAUCACAUCACGGUCCUCAUCUACUCGUGGUACUCGUAUCGUGAUCAAAUCGCUCCUGCUCGUUAUUUCAUCGUGGCCAACUUUACAGUACACGCCGUCAUGUACAGUUACUACGCCCUACGAGCAUCUGGCGUCGUCAAAAUCCCGCGCCAAGUCAAUAUUUCUAUCACUCUUAUGCAGCUUAUUCAAAUGGUGAUUGGAUGCGUCGUCAACAUCUACGCGCUUUUACAACUUAACUCGGGAACGCGUUGCGAUACGACGUACCAAAAUGUCGCCUGGUCGCUUGCCAUGUACUUCAGCUAUUUUGUGCUUUUUGCACAAUUCUUUUUUAAAACUUAUCUGGCGCCGUCUCCCAAGAAAGAUACCUCGAAAUAUCGGUAUUCGAAGGAAAUGAACGGCAAUCAUCAAGUCAAGAUGGAUUAACGAAAAUGUCACAUGAAUGGGGAAGGGGGAACCAUUUCAACCACAUACCUUCAUUUUACCUCAAUGAACUGCAUUCAGAGGUCGUU